UCGCGGGUGGUGAAACGCGCCAGCGUCUGAUAACAUUACAAACGAAAGAUCGAUCUGCUGGCCAGAUUUAUUUAUGAAUUAUUAACAUGUUGUAUAAGUUAAAUAUAAAUAAAAUCUUGUGUUCCGUUAUGAUCGCGAUCUAUCCCCCCAGUAAUUAAUCAAUAACUAACAAAACGACUUAAAAUAAAAGAUUUGUGUUGUAAUGUUUAAUGUAUUCUUGUUGAUGAAAUUGACUGAUUGAUUUAAAAACAUAUUGGUAUCGGAAAAAAAAAUUAUCUUCAGGAACCAGUAUCGAAAUCAAGGUAUUGUGGUACAUGUGAUAUGUUUUACAGUAAGGGAUUCACUACCACUGGGUAAUCUACUGCAGAGCUUCAUAAAUAUAUAUAAAUACCGUUAUAAGCUUUUUUGGUCAGGUUUGUUCAAUAGGGGUGAAAGGAAAGGAUGAGCAUCACUUAUUAUGGCUGGCAUCUGCCAUUUAUACCAUAGGUAACAGAAUAGAAGCUAAAGUUACAUUUACGUUCAGAUUUUGCACUUUUUCCAAUGCUUCUUGCCCUUUGUCUCAAAUUCCUUCAGAGUCAAAUAAUUGGCAUGAGAGUAUAUAGGCAGUAUUAAUAAAACAUAGUAUAUAGGUAGUAUUAAUAAAACAUAGUAUAUAGGCAGUAUUAAUAUAACAUAGUAUAUAAGCAGUAUUAAUUUCCAGCUGACGAAACUGUAAAGAUAUUAGGGUGUAGAGUUUAAAUGGGUGAAAACCUCACCGAUUCAUGUAGUUCAUAGGGAUCGAUGUCUGUCCCUUGCGGUGACGAGCGAGUUGGUCCGUCUGCCUGCGGUAGGUUCCCAGCCGCAUCGUUUUCGGGGACGGCUCACUGUGACCUGCGCUGAUCCCUUGUCUCUCCUUCAGCACCCGUCCCUGGGACCCCCUGAACGAUCUGAUUCAGUUUGAGAAAGACGGCUGCAUCCAGACCAAUGUGCGCCAUCGCACUCCCAUGGUACGUUCUGGCAGUGUAGUUAGUCUCAGUGUCCAAGGGGCCAGGAGAGACCAAUACAAAUGUCAGGUCACCGUGCCCAAGCGCAAACACAAGCAAGGCGAUGCAGCUAAGAGCAAAGUGAGUGGCGGCUCGUCCCCAGAACCCGAGCAUCACGACUCGUCCGGCAGCGAGAGACACAAGAGCAAGCACAGCAGCCGCUUAAGGAAGAAAGGGGCUGACCUGAGUGAACUUCAAAGUGCCAUUGAAUCCAUAAGACGAACCCAGGAAGACAUUAACAGGAACAUCGCCACCCUGCGUGGCCUCUUGGCACCUGUGCACGGCCAUGCCGACGGCAGCAUCCUGCAGCACCGUGACUUCAUCCUCGUGAUCUUCCUCGUCCUGAUCCAGAUCGUCAUCAACUUCCUGUUCAAAUGAGGGUAGCCUGCAUUUACGGACUCGGGCGUUUUGAAUGGGA